GCAAAUUCUGGUUUACUUCGCAACGAAGCCUAAAUCAAGGUUAUUCGCAUUUUAAUGUUGGAUUUUAUUGUGAGUAAAAAACGUUUUUGCUCGGUAAAAGACGUAUUGAUGAAUUUCAGGAUGAUCACCUCAAAGUGAUUUUAGCUGUAAGCAUUUUUGAAUGUCACAAAGUUUCUAAAUAUAUGUUACAAACGUAUUUUAAGUAAGAAUAUAUAAAAAAUUAGUGUGAAGUUGUGGAAAGAAGAGGAGAUUGAACAAUGACGCAGCAAGGAGGUUGCCUACACCGAAUAUGGAUCGGUUGGAUUCGUGUCUGCCGCGCCAUUAACGAUGCUAUAGAGAACAUAUUCGAAAUACACACGCGCUUCGUAACGAAGCACCAUAAAUUAGUUAUAGGACUAUGUUUACUUUUUGUGGCCAUUAUGGCAGUUGGAGCCUUCCGUUUCAAAGCCUUGCAGAGAAACGAAGAACUUUUUAUACCGCAAACCAGUCAGGCAUUCAAAGACUUAGAUCGAGCGGAGGUAAAUUUUGAUUUGAAGUUUCGCUUCGAAGAAUUUAUCAUUAUGCCGAACAAUGACCAAGCGAAUAUAUUUGAUGAUAACUUAGUCUUUCGCAAAGCGCUAGAAUUGCAUCAGAAAAUCAGCGCAAUAGCCGGCUUUACAAAAGUGUGUGCGAAGGAUAAAAAAGGGAAUUGUAUCUACGUAAGCUCCCUGCAAGUGUUUAAUUAUAGCAAAGAAACAAUAGAUAACUCGACCGGCACUGAAAUAAAAAGAAGAUUGAACGAAUGGCUAGUUAACCCAAGGGAAUUAUUUCCGAACGGCAGACCUGCGUCCUUAAACUACGUCAACAUAUUGGGAAAAUAUAAAGGAAAUCAAUCGCAGGUGUUUUCCGCAAACGCCGUCAGAAUGACGUAUUUCUUAAGAUAUGCCGAUACCGAUGACGCGGAAUACGAUGAUAUCAAUGGUUGGGAGGGUGAUUUUAUUGACUUAUGUAAAGAUGAAGUUGAUCCGUUUAAAGAUGCAGGUGUCAAAUUAUUUUAUUUUGCGGCGAGAACCAGAGAUGACGCUAUUUUAAGCAGUACUGUUGGCGACUUGCCGUUAUUCAGUGUCGCUUUUGUAUUGAUGGUAGCCUUUUGUUUGUUUGUUUUCUUGAGAAUCAAGAAUCCUGUAGCUGGCCAUCUCACCGUUGGAAUUUGUGGGAUUUUUGUGAUUAUGCUUGGCGUUGGAUGCGGUUUCGGUUUGGCUAUGUGGAUUGGAACAGAUUUCGUGGCGUUUACUGGAAUUUUGAUGUUCCUUAUUCUUGGUAUAGGAAUGGACAACAUGUUCAUCAUUGUUGAUGCCAUGGAAAGUGUAGAUCCAGACAUCCAGGGUCCAGAACGUUUAGUAAUUGGUAUGAAGCACAUUGGAGGGUCCAUUACCAUGACGACUACAACGGAUUUGGUGGCUUUUGCAGUCUCUACCGUUAGUGACUUCCCUGGCGUCCAUUUAUUUUGCGUUUAUGCUGCUUUGUCAAUUUUAUUCGCAUACCUGAUGUUGAUCACGCUCUUUGUGGCGUUGCUUACCGCCGACAUUCAUCGGAUUGAAAACGGGAAAAGAGACUUGUGCCCUUGCUAUCAAGCGGUGGGAUACCCAAGUGGCAAUCCUUGGGAUAAAGAGGACGACAGACUUUCUAAAAAGUACUUAAUGAAGUGGGGUGCCUUAAUCAUGACAACACCGAUGAAAGUGGUUGUCUUUCUUGCCGCAUGUGGCUUAUUAGCUGCUGGUGUUUAUGGAACAACAGAAAUCACGCAAAAAUUCGAGUGGAAAAAACUAGGAAGGGAUGGUUCUUAUUUUCGAGAUUUCGCCGAAGCAAGAGAUGAGAGUUUCCCAGCUGGUUAUGACGUUUCGAUCAUUAUUCCGGCCGGCAACGAUUACAGUAAGAACGAAACGAGAGAACAGGUUAAACACAUUGACGUAAUAGCCAAAGAAAACACACGAUAUGAAGCUAUGACUCUUAACUGGUUAAGAGAUUACGAAAAAUGGUUGCUCAAUGUACCAGGAUCUUCGUUUGAAGCCAGCUGGAACGAUUUUUUGAAAGAUGCACCUAUGUACGAACAGGAUGUAAAUUACAAAGACGGAAAAUUCGGAGAAUCGCGUGUUAUUAUCUUCUAUGAAAAUGACAAUGACGCUAUUAACCAAGCUGAAGCCAUGAAAACCAUUCGAACAGACCUAGAAGAAAAGUCAAACCUCACAGGCGUGUACCCGAUCUCCAUCAUGUUCAUCUACGCCGAACAAUUUGCCGCCGUGUUGGAUGACACAAUCCGGAAUUUAGCUAUUUGCGCCGGUACGAUUUUAAUAAUCACCUUACCGUAUCUAACUCAUCCAGGCAUUACAGCAUUAGUGUUCUUGAGUUUCACCAGCUUACUGUUUGAGUUACUCGCUUUGAUGACUGCAUGGAAUGUUUCACUGGAUGUGAUUGCUAUGAUCAUCAUCAUUAUGGCUAUUGGAUUCUCCGUCGAUUAUACUUGUCAUAUCGCGCAUGCGUACAUGAUAUCACAGAAAAAUACACCGGAAGAGAGAGUAAUAGACGCACUUGGGACAAUGGGUACCAGUGUACUCAAUGGAGGUGUGAGUACCUUCCUUGGUAUGCUUAUUACGGCAUUCUCUGGCGCCGAAGGGUUCCGUAUUUUCUUCAAAAUGGUGUUUGGUAUUGUACUGCUUGGUUUGAUACAUGGUCUUAUAUUUCUACCAGUACUACUGUCAAUCUUUAUCCGACGUGAUUUACGAGAGGACAUGAGAAUAUUUAUUGAGAAACAUGACGAAAAAGAACGUCGCAAAUCAAAACGACGAAUGUCGCAUCUGUCAGAGAACGAAAAAAGAAAGCAAUCACUCGCUUACAGAAAGCAAAGUACUACGUCUCCACAACAUUCGCAGGGUGGUCACUCGGACGAACAUGCCUCCAACGGACAUACGCCCAACGGGAAUGCAUCAAAUGGUGGUCCACCGGAAGGUUAUCCACCCCCUGACUAUGAAAUGACCGACCAAGUCGAGUUGAGACAUGUCAGAAAGCUGGACAGCGCAAAUGGUAAUUAUCCCGAUAUGGAAAACGCAAAUAAUGUUGGUUCUCCAAAUUCGGCUUACGAAAAAGAUGAAUUGCCGGUUUAUUAUAACGUCACAAAAUAAGAUUUUAAAUGUAACUAGUAUUUUGAGGUUUCAUUCGGUUGUCUUUGUGUGUUUGUCCUAUUUAACUUAGUUGAACUUGGUUUUUAGAAAAACCAAGUAAAACUUAUUUUCAUAACUUUUUUAUAUUAAAGAUCAUUUUCACCAGAAUGAAAUUAACCACAUGGUAUAUUGUAUCCUGGGGCAUACUUUAUAACUAACCGAUGCCAAAAGUUAAAAAUACAAGAUUUGUUACGUCCAUGAUACUGUUCUUACAUAAACGCCCUUUAUUACACCCAUUUAGAGGAGUGGCGGACUAACUACUUAACCGCUGCUGUAGUUAAACAAAACAAGGACAGAAUUGUAAGGAAGGUAUGAAGUUUUAUUCCAGAAGUCUUAUUUGGCAGGAGCUAAAUUGAACGUAGUAGUCCACAACUUAUCGCGCAAAGAAAUGUCGGAAAAGGUGACAAAAUUUGAAAUGAUGUAUUGAAUACACAAUUAUGAAAUCUAUAGUCUAGAUUGUUUUAAAUGCUUUUUUUCGUCUACAUAGAAAAGAAACUUAUGGCAAAAAACAUAAACAUGGAUUCUUAAAAACAGAAACAAAUUUUCUCUGGAUGACGAAUAACUACUCCGACAAAUAUAUAUUUUUUUGUUAUUGUCUGACAUUUUUUUAUCUGAUGAGGUAUUUUAUAUAUCCGAUAAUUCCCAGCCUGGGAAACGUCUAUGUCCGCACAGAACAGAUUUUUAAGAUGAGCACUGAAGUAUUGAUACUAGAAAUACAGCUGUAUUUAAAAUAAAAUUGUAAAAAUUUUGUACAAGUUUUACCAACGUAUGA